AUGGCUGAGGGCUACCAGCUAGGCCACACGGCGCUCUCCAGCCUGCCCCUUCAGAUGCUGCUCUAUUUCAACGUCAUCUUCCUUCCCUUCUGGUCUCUGUCGGAGGCAAUUAUGCUGGAGCUGAAGUUUAGCUUGCUGUCCCUUUACUACCAAUGCUUGUUGGUUGCUGCGUAUGUGACAAUUGUCGGAGCAGAAUCGGCCCGCCUCUUCCUUGGAUACAUUGGGAAUUUGCAAGAAAAGGUUCCAGAGCUGGCUGGAUUCCUCCUCCUGUCUUUCGUCAUUGAGAUGCCCGUCUUGCUGUUCAUCCUGACGGACCAUCAGGUGAUCCAGAUGCCUCUGGAAAUGGCGGUGCAUGGUAUCCUCCUCUGCUUCCUCACCUCGGAGAUCAUGGCCGCUUCCUUUGCCCUCAAAGAAAUGGCCAAGUACCUGGCCAGGCAGUUCUACCUGAUGCAGUUUGAAGGGCUCUCGGGCAGAGUUAGGCACCAGGAGUUCUGUGUGGGGGAACCAUCAACAUGCCCCAGUUACAGG